AUGGCGACACACUCGCACGAGGGGGCCGCGUCGCACUCACACGACCAUGACCACGCCAACGGCACGCCGCAUGGACACUCGCACGAGAUCCUCGACGGGCCAGGGUCAUACAUCCACCGAGAAAUGCCACUGGUGGAGGGCCGGGAGUUCAGCGACCGGGCAUUCACGAUCGGGAUUGGCGGACCGGUCGGGUCGGGCAAGACGGCGCUGAUGCUGGAGCUAUGCCUGGGGCUCCGAAAAGAGUACAACAUCGCGGCGGUGACCAACGACAUCUUCACGCGCGAAGACGCCGAGUUCCUGACGAAACACGGGGCGCUGACGCCCGAACGGAUCGUGGCGAUCGAGACGGGCGGGUGCCCGCACGCGGCGGUGCGCGAGGACAUUUCGGCGAACCUGCUGGCCCUGCAAGGCCUGCACGCCAAGUUCCAGACGGAUCUGCUGCUGAUCGAGUCCGGCGGCGACAACCUGGCGGCCAACUACAGUCGCGAGCUGGCCGACUUCAUCAUCUACGUCAUCGACGUCGCCGGCGGCGACAAGGUGCCUCGCAAAGGCGGGCCCGGCAUCACCGGCAGCGACCUGCUGGUCAUCAACAAGUGCGAUCUGGCCGACGCCGUCGGCGCCGACGUCGACCUCAUGGAGACCGAGGCCAGGAGGAUGCGUGAGGGCGGGCCCGUCGUGCGCGCCGUCAUCAAGAACGGCGUCGGCGUCAAGGAGACGAUCGAUAUGAUUCUCUCCGCCUGGAAGAGUACCCCCGCCUACUACGAGAGUCGGAAGCGCUGGGCCGCCGGCGUCCUGAGGGGCAGCGGCGACCAGCCCAACGUCAAUCGAUAUACGAGGGUCAUGCCGCAGCAGUGA